GGUUUAUUUUCUUGAUACAUCUGUCUGGAACUGCUAAAGAGUAUGCAGGCUAGUCUAGAAAUCGCUUCCAUUUUCGUUAACAAAAUUCUUCCAAAAAUCGAGAUAUUUCUUUGUAACCAGCUAUUUAAAAUUCUUUGAUUCUUUUGCAAAACAUCUUGAAUGUGAGUGUUUCCCCUGUCAUUAUGGCCUUUAGUGAUAGUUACUCCCAAGUACUUAACCUCCUUUUUGACUGAAUAGUCAAAAUCUCACAAUCUCACACUUCUUUAAAUUUAAGUACAACCCUGAAGCUUCAGAAAAAAUAGAAACAGCUUUUAAGGCAUUAGCCCUUUUAAGAAUGUGAAGAACGGCUCUUGCUGGCGGUACGGAUCUGGCCCCUGACAGGCACUAGCAGCAGCGGAUGGAACUGUGCUGAAUGCUGCGGCAGUGUGCAGCAAUGUUGCGCAACAUUGACACUCCUCAACACUUUUCCGAGAGCCGGAAAGAAAACAAACGUGUCAUGUGAUUUGUGCUCGCGCCUAUGUACGUGUAUGAGCUGGACAGCUAAUUAAACGGAGUCAAAGAAGCUCGGAUAACACGCUAACACUGGCUGCCAUGGCUGACGAUUUUAAGAGAUACUUGUACAAACAGUUGCAGAGCGUUGAAGGCCUUCAUGCUAUUGUAGUGACAGACAGGGAUGGAGUCCCAGUUAUUAAAGUUGCCAAUGACAACGCCCCAGUCCACGCACUGAGACCUGGCUUCUUGUCCACUUUUGCUCUGGCCACAGAUCAGGGCAGCAAGCUGGGCCUCUCUAAGAACAAGAGCAUCAUCUGCUACUACAACACCUACCAGAUUGUGCAGUUCAACCGGUUACCACUGGUCAUCAGUUUCAUUGCCAGCAGCAACGCCAACACAGGUCUCAUCAUGAGUCUGGAGAAGGAGCUGGCCCCCCUUAUAGAGGAGCUGAGGCAGGUGGUGGAGGUGACAUAAACGGGACCACCCAGAGCAAGAUCCACAGCAGAAUCACCAGUCUGGAUCACAUCCUUCCCUCUAAAUCUCUCGCUGUCUCUAAUGGUGCACUGGGAAAACCUGCCUGGAGGUUUUCACAGUUCCAAGGACUGACUUGGAAGUGUUAACAUCCUCAGACCUGUUUAUGUUCUGAUUGAACUUUCCUGUAUUCCAUAUUAUGUUUCCUAGGGUGGCGGAGGCAUGACCCGCCCUAGUCUGAUAUGCUUACCCUGAUAUUCUAAUUACCUUAAUCAGUCUCACUCCUCUUGCCUAAACCUAACCAACCCAACCAACGAAAGCAACGAGUACUAGCAAAUCAGAGGCAGAGUAGAGCGGGUCAUGACUUCACCGCCCACUACUCAUCCUGUACUGCUCUGUUGACUUUCCUUUCUGCCAUUUUUUGUUAGGGUUCAUACAGUUCAUAUGUCAAAUCAAAUGUCAAGAAGUCAGAAUAAAUGUUUGAUUUUUAGCACCUAAA